AUGCCCGGACCCCCCGGCUACCCAGGGCACGAUGGCCCCCAGGGGGCCCCGGGGCGGGAGGGAAAGCCAGGACCCCCAGGCCCCCCAGGAGCCGCGGGGCCACCCGGUUUCCCUGGGGCUGAAGGACUCCCAGGGUCUCCAGGCUCAGCUGGGCCAGAUGGACCCCCAGGGGCACCCGGACUCCCAGGGCCUCAGGGUCCCCCCGGGGUGCCUGGGCACGAAGGACCCCCUGGUCCCCCAGGAUCUGCAUCACACCCUGGCAAACCAGGGCUCCGAGGGGAGCCAGGAUUCCCAGGACCAAAGGGUGAGAAGGGCGAGUAUGGGCUGCCAGGCAUGCCAGGGAGCCCUGGCCGGACCGGAGAACCAGGGUCCCCGGGCAUGCCCGGUCCCAUGGGGCCACCAGGACCACCAGGGGACUACAGGUGUGACUCACGCCACGCUGGACACCACGGGCUGGCCGGGCUGCCGGGCACCAAGGGAGAAAAGGGCGACCCUGGAGAGCCGGGGUGCUGCUAUGGGGAGCACGGCUGCAAACCAGGGCACCUCCCCUUCCCCAGCACCGGCAGCCAGCCCGGCUCGUGGGGCUCCAUCAGCGGGUACCAGACGGAUGGCAAAGAGGAACCGGAGAUUUAUGGAGCCAUCAUCCCCCAUGCUCUUCGAGGUCCCCCCGGGAACCCCGGCCCCCCUGGGCCCCCCGGCCCCCCUGGCCCUCCAGGCCUCCUCUACCUCAAUAGGGUGCACCCCGUGCAUGCCCAGCCGCCCUGCAAGCAGCCGCGCCACACGUGGGUGUUCAGGUCCAAGGAGCUGAUGGUGAAGGCGAGCAGUGCUGUGCCCGAGGGGAGCCUGGUCUAUGUGAGGGAAGGGAGCAGCGCCUUCCUGCGGACCCCCGCCGGCUGGAGCCGCCUCCUGCUGGAGGAUCCCAAGUCGUUCCUGGCUGGUGACGACCCCUCUGCCUCCACCCCACAGUACCAGGAGGUGAAGAGGGUGCAGCCAAGAGGUCCCAACACCAUGCAAUCUCCAACAGACUCACUGAUCCAGAAGGAGGAGGAGGAACAAGGGCUGCCCCAGACUCUGCCCACCACCACAGCUCCACGGAUCCCAUCUCUCCGCCUGGCUGCCCUCAACGUGCCCCUGUGGGGCGACAUGAGCGGGAUCCGGGGCGCUGACCUGCAGUGCUACCGGCAGUCCCAGGAGGCCGGGCUCUACGGAACCUUCCGGGCCUUCCUGUCAGCCCCCAGCCAGCAGCUGCUGUCCAUCGUCAAGAGGACAGACAGGACCCUCCCCAUCAUCAACCUCAAGGCAGGUACCCCCCCUCCCCAGGGCCUGGGGGAGGCAAAACCUCACAGCCCCCAUGAGCUGCAGUGGGGGCAGCUGCUGGCCAAGUCCUGGAGCUCCCUCUUUGGGGGUGCUGCCCUGCGGGGUCCCAUCUACUCCUUCAACGGGCGCAACGUCCUGGCAGAUCCCCUCUGGCCCCACCGGCUAGCCUGGCACGGCUCCACGCCACGGGGUGGCCAUGCCCGCCGCUGGGACUGCCAGGGCUGGCGCAGCUCUGGCACAGCCCAGGGCAUGGCCAGCGCCCUGGGGGAGGGCAGGCUGCUGGCUGGGCAGAGGCACAACUGCUCCACGCCGCUGGCCGUGCUCUGCAUCGAGGUGGCUUUCCCUUACCGGCACAUGUGGUGACAAGGGUGACACCCGAACAGGAGCUCCGGGUGCUCCUCUAGGCCUGGGGAAUGUCCCUGGGAGCACUGAGGGGACACCAGGUGCACGGCCAGGCUGUGCCAUCCCACAGAUCCCUG